CCUAAACCAUCCUAAAGACUGAUUAGCGCAGCAACCUUCACUGACACACCAUGUCAUUUCUGGAGGUUAUUGACUGUUUUUCUGUGCGUUUCCCUGCCGCUUUUCGUCUAAUUUUGACGUCUCUCAGCAUCUGCUCCAGGAGGAAUAUGAGGUUCUCCAAAUGACAUUUCCCACCGCGAGUCUCCUUGAAGGCAAUAAGAGGACGAAGGAGAUUUUGUCUUUUUUUCUGUGCAACGCUCUGAUCUCAAAAUCCGAUAGUCCCCGGUGUGACAGCGGAGCGACUUCCAGCAUCUGACUGCCUGACGCGGGAUGGAAGCCGUCCACCUCUGAGCCAUCCUUUGACGACAAGUUUAAGCAUACCAUGGGGGGGGGGGGGGGGGAAAGGAUAUGUUUUUUUUUAAAGGUAGGGACAAAGUGACAGAUAGACGGACGCUGCGUUUAAAUGAACUGAUUCAUGACUAGUUGAUUGUAGGAAACACAGUAACCGAGUAAUGUGUAGCCACACUGGAAUGCACAUCAGAAUAGCGCACGUUUCUGUAGCCUCCAAAGACGCACAGAUGGGCGGGAAGCGGUGUAAUUAACCUGUCCUUUAGCUGUCCAAUGCAUGCCUUUCAAUUCAAUCCCACAUCAGUCCUGCGCUUCUGACCCAUCUAAGCAGCAGAGCCAACUGUGCUGUUGCAUCCAAGCCUGUGAGCACUACGCUGAGAGCAGCUAAACAAACCACAUGGCUGCCCUGGAUUGGUGCACAAAACUUUAUCUUUAAAGAGAUAGGGUUAGUAGUUCAUAGUUUUGAAACUUCACGGUAGAUUGCAGAAAGAAAGCAAUAACACCGAUUUGAGGCAACAGCAAUAACAAAAGAUGAAAUUGUAAUUUCUUCCAAAGCCAAAGAGAGGUGGAAACAAGCAAGAGGAUACUUCACACUGCUUCCAUUUGGCAUUCACUCAGACUGUGGCUCUGUCAACCACCGACCCUCCCAUGCCCAGCUCACAUCUGAGAGGAAAACAGCUAAAUGUUUCCUGUAAAAGGCCUUUAUGCAUGCAGCAUUUUGACAGACCUUUGAACUGAAAAAUUCUCUAAAACUACUCUCUCACACGCUAUCUUCCUUCUUUUUUUUGUGCAAAAAUUGCUCAGCUUGGCCCCUAAGAUAUCAGUCGCCCAGUAGCCUUUUUGGUUAAUCACUGACGGUGACAUUUAGUGACCAGUCUGUGUGUCAGUGUAACCUGCAUUAUUUGGUACAAAGUCUCAUUGUGGGGAUAAACAGCCCUCAAGGUGUGUCACAGAGUAUAAAUAGUUGAACAAAGGCCCUUUUUAAGCUGACAAGAGGCCGAAACCUGAAACGUGGGGAGUGAUUCUCCCCUCUGGUAACUCUACACGCUCACACACUGAGAGGCAGGACAAUCUCUCCUGUAAAAUAGAGUUACUUAGAUCUGGAGACGGUGAAGAGAAGAUGCAUUAGGGCACAUGUCUUCCACACUGCUGCAGUUUCUUUUUUUUUCAACAAGAAGACCCAUCCACCCCUCCUUCUGGCCCUCACAUGAGUUGAAAAAAAAGUAGGAGAAGAAGACACCUGGGCGGACCACAUCCAGAGUCCCAACAGCCUCAAGAAAGUCUCUUCUUCUCACCACCCGGACUUUUAAUCUUGGUCAGGACUAAGGAAUAGAGUUUUUACCACCAAGCUGGAAUAGCUGCUUUAGAUCUGUCUUUUGUCUCCUAUUCUGAAGUGUGAGUGUGUGUGUGUGUGUGUGUGUUGUGAGCCACCGGUCUUUUCCUCCGGUCAGGAUGUCUGCAAUACAAGAACUGCUGCUGCAUCUGGCCCUCCUAGUGCUUCAAGAGGUCAAAGUUGAGAAUAGCACAAGAUCUUUGGUUGAGGGCCAUGCUGAGGCAUCAGUGGAAACUGCAAGGUGCAGUGUGAGAAAGAAACAUUUGAAGUUACAGCAUCUCUGUGCUAUGGAGCCUGCGUGGAGGUUGACUCGGACACAGAGGCCAUGGCCAACGUAGGCUUCAAACUUGGCUGCAUUUCCUGCAAGAUGAGAAGCGAGGUGCCCGCUACGGCCUCAGUCGACUGGUACUUUAAGGCUUCAGAUGAGACCAACUUCACCCAUUUAUACCACUAUGAAAAUGAAAACCCCUCUAUCAUUGACCCGCGUUUCUAUGACCGCCUGGACUGGAACGGCACCAAGGGCAGCACGGACCUGCAGGAUGGUUCUAUCUUUAUCCUCAAUGUGACCUUCAAUGACACAGGAACCUACAAGUGCAUAUUCAGCCGCACCCUCAUAUAUCCCAACUACGAGUUUUCAACUGAACCCAACAUGACUAUCGUCAUGAAAGUGGUGCCACAAGUCACCAGGGGACUGGCAUCCAUCUUGUCUGAGGUGAUGAUGUAUGUCUCCAUCAUCGGGCUGCAGGUAUGGCUCGUAAUUGAGAUGAUUUACUGCUACAGGAAGAUUGCAGCAGCGGGAGAGGAAGCUUUGAGAGAGAGCGCGGCGGAGUAUUUAGCUAUAGCAUCAGAAAGUAAAGGUAAUUGUGCAGGCGUUCAAGUGGCAGAAUAGCAUUGUCGAGGAAGAAUUCAAGAAAGCUUCCCUGAGGAAUCUCACAUUGCCUCUUUCAUGCCUUCUCCUCUUACCGUCACUCACAUCCUGCCAUCCUUUCCACAAGAUGGAAAAAUCAAACCACAGAAUGAAGAAAGAUCUUCAUAGGAAGUUUUUUUCAAGUGACUUUCUAAAGAUGGAAAGGACUAAAUGUAUCCUGUUUUGAGGGGCAGGAAAGGUGUAUAAGGUUGUAGUCCAAUGGGACAGAGGAAGAAGGUUGAACUGUGUAUGCACAGAUUAUUUUGUAUAGAUAUUAUAGGCCUACAUUGCAAAUACACUGUCUGCAUGCUUGUGAGCUAAUCAAAAUGACCAACAUCAUGCUUCUGAUAUUCAGUCAUGUUUUAUAUUUAAUUUCACACUGUGUGUAACCAAUAAGGGUUUCAUAAAGCAACUAAAAGCUGUCAGUGUUUCCUCUGUUGGGUUUAUGAAGUUGUUGCACAUAAAAACAGCUUUUAAUGAUACAUUUGAAGCAUAAAUAUAUAUAUAUAUAUAUAUAUAUAUAUAUAUAUAUAUAUAUAUAUAUAUAUAUAUAUAUAUAUAUAUAUAUAUAUAUAUAUAUAUAUAUAUAUAUACAUACAUAUGCACACACAGUAUAUAGAUUUAUUUUACUUUUAAAUUCUAGUAAUACUUAAUUUGAGUGCACUUUGUCUUACUGUUUGGAUUUAAAGCUACUGAAAGGACAGAGGAAACAUUGCUGCAAAAGCUGAAAUUUGGGCCUGAAAUCAUUUUAUCAUUUCAUUCUCACCAAAGAAAAACAAAUACUUGGCAGAAUUUCAACAAAAUUAGCCUUAUUGGGAAACAAUGUCAAUGGUCUAACUCUUUUAUUCUAAACUUGCUGAUUUUAAUUAAGCGGUCAUGAGAACAUGAGAUGAACGGCCUCUUUUGGAGCAGUUAU